AUGCUCUGGCUGACAGCCAACAUGUCGCAUUUUGUAAACGUCGAUUUAUUGGCGACGGCCACCAACGCCCAAUAUCUCCCAAACCUCUUGGGGGGCGCCGUCAAGCCAGCCAUCUCGUUCCUGUCGUAUUCACCCGACUUCUACGACGUUAUGGGCCACGGACGGCGCGCAUGCCAGCAGUUUGACGUGGUCACCGGGCAGCCGGCAACCAUCUAUGCCUUUGACGUCGUCGAAAACAAGCGGCUAGUUAACAUGAGACUCUUUUCGUAUUCCGACGUGGGUUUCUCGGAUGGCAUCCACUGUGAUACCAAGGGCAACGUCUGGGCAGGUGUUGGCGACGGCGUCCACAUCUGGAAUCCCGAUGGCGUGUUGCUUGGCAAAAUUCACAUAGGCGAGACUAGCAACAACUUCGCCUUUGCCCCUGAAAAGCGUUUGUUUUCCUCCAACUAUCGACUAUGGGUUGUCGAGAACAUCAAAGCCCAAGGCCGGGAAGUUUGCAAAGAUUUCGGCAUGGGUGGUUGA